UAAAAGUGGGUGCACAUUUAUAUCUUUCUUACAGCACCCAGUGAACUGAGGAGAUCACUUGUUGUUGUGAAGCCAUGGUGAUGAAGUGGACUGUGUGCCUUGUGGCUCUGGCCUUGCUUGGUAGCUUCUGUGAGGCUCAAUGGAUUCCAGGGGUCCCUACGCCCAACAAACAGGUUCCUCAUAAUCCCCAACAGACAAAGCAGACAUUUGAGAAACCUCUCACCUGGAAAUACCCUGAAGAUCCGGAGCCUCUACCCAAAGACAAUGUGGAUUUUGAGCUGAGAUCUCCUGUUGCUGCUUCAUCUGUCUCUGUCGGUUGCAGAGAGAAAGUAAUUUAUGUGGAAGUCCAGAAGGACAUGUUUGGGACAGGCCAGUUAAUCAAUCCCGCUGACCUGACUUUGGGAAACUGUGCUGCUGUUCGAGAAGACACUGACGCUAAAAUCUUGAUUUAUGAGGCGCAACUGCAGGAUUGUCUCAGCGCAUUAACGCGGACAGAAGAUUACAUCAUCUACACCUUCACCAUGAAUUACCUUCCCCGUCCUCUGGGCUCCUCCCCUGUGGUGAGAACCAGCCAAGCUGCUGUCAUUGUGGAAUGCCACUACCCAAGGAAGCACAAUGUGAGCAGCCUUGCUCUUCAUCCCGCGUGGCGUCCCUUCUCUGCUGUUAGAAUGGCUCAGGAAUUCUUGUACUUCACUCUGAGACUCAUGACUGAUGACUUCCAACAUGAAAGGCCAAGCCACCAGUAUUUCCUGGGAGACAUCAUCAAUAUCGAGGCUACCGUUCGGCAGUUUUUCCACGUGCCCCUCCGUGUAUAUGUGGAGAGCUGCUAUGCUACUCCACAACUGCCCCCGGACGUCCGCCCCAUUAGCUAUUCCUUCAUCAACGAUGGGUGUUUGAUUGACGCUAGACUCACAGGCUCUCAUUCGAGGUUCAUGCCUCGCACUGUGGACAACAAGCUGCAGUUCCAGUUGGAGGCCUUCAAGUUCCAGGCUGUUGAUAAUGGCAUACUCUACAUCACCUGCCACCUGAAAGCAUCAUCUGCUGCUCAUGCCAUCGAUACUGAACAUAGAGCUUGCUGCUGGAACAACGGGUGGUAUGAGGCCGGAGGAGUUUUUGACGUGUGUGGCUCCUGUGAAAGUGGAUUAGGAGCUGUGCCGCCUCCGCCUCCACCUCCUUCAGAUCCAAAGGGAGGAGCUGGUAGACCUGGAAGGAAGAUUCGUGAUGUGUCCGAAAGUGAAGUUUUUGAAUGGGAAGGUGAUGUCGCCCUGGGUCCCAUCAACAUUGCAGAGAAGAUGGUUGUUUGAGUCUUUGUGUAUAAUCCCUUCCACUUUCUUGGUCUCUGAUUCCAAAUGUCUUAAGUGGAAAUAGCAACUGGCCUAAACGUUGUUAGCUUGUGUUGUCUUGAAACUCUAAAUUACAAUUAUGCAUAAAAGAGGGUUUGUUUGAAUAUGUAAGAAAUGUAUUCUGUCAAUGAUAAUGUAAAUUUUCUUUUUUCAAACACAGUAUUUUGUUGAAAAAACAAGUGACUACAAGCUCAAUCAACUUUAAAUUAAAAAAUGUUUAGAAAACUAGAACAUGCAAGUAUAAUUAAACAACUUUAUUUAUAGUUGAAACUAAGCGGAUCCAAAUAGAGGUAACUUGUCUCUUAAAGGCAGCAGGUGAGCUUUCAUUUCCAAGUACAACUGACAUGAAAUGUUUGACAGUGUAAUAACUCAAUAGUAAACCAUCCCAUCCCC